AUGGUACAAUCAUGUACCAUCACAUCAAUAACUUCUCCAUCAGCGUCAACCCUUAAUGUGAAAUGGGACCCAUAUUCUGGUGCAACGAAUUAUUUUCUGGAUUUAAGGGUUGUGAAUUCAACGAUUAUUGCACCAGUCGUGGUGACGUUGCCAUCAUCCAGCAUCGAAAAGCUCGUGCAGGGUCUUCGACCAGGGACUGUUUACAGCGUCACAUUAAAAGUAUUUCAGUUUUACAAUGUCAUAUGCCUGACCACUGAAAUAUCAAUAACAGUUCCAGCCAGAUCGCAAAUAACUUCUUCCCAAGCAAUAUCAAGUACUGCCAUCAGAUUUGAAUGGUCAAGUGUGAAGUCAUCCAACGUAUAUUUCUUAAUAGUUAAAACUUUGAAUCACGAAGUUAAGUUCAACGACUCUUUCACCGAUCUAAGCGGUGAGGUGCACAACCUUCAACCGUCAACACCAUACCAAUGCUACGUCUAUUCUUCGAACUCUGCCGGCUUGGGAUCUGCCUCCAGACUGAGGACCGUCACGACACUGAUGCAGCCACCAGGAAACGUCAACGUAGCGCACACGGGUAGAAGCACAGCGCGCGUAACCUGGGAGAGCGUGGAUAAAGUGCUCCUUUAUGACGUGACCGUCUUCGACACCGAUAGUCCGAACAACGCUCCCUUCAAGACGAACACCUCACUGACGUACAAGAACAUCCAAAAUCUCCAGCCGUGCUCUACAUAUCGAAUCGGAGUCUCAUCAUUCAACGCCUUUUUGGUACCAGGAGAGCCAACAAAUGCCGUAUAUACCACAAAGACAAUCGGUGCAGUGACAGCAAUCAAUGUUGACUACAGCUGCUCCGGGGGCAUGGUGACAGUGUCCUGGGAUAGCGUUUUUGGAGCGGAGUCCUACAACGCAACGGCUACAGAUGGCACAGGCACCACUUUGUACUGCACCACACAGUCAACCAGCUGCCAGAUUACCAGGGUGGCGUGUGGCGAGCUGUACCUGGUGCGUGUCACUGCCAUUGCUGAUGACUGCGAGACCUCUUCCAACAUCACCGCUGACUUCCAGACAGUGCCCUGUCCCCCCACCGGGCUGGAUGUCUACCGUGAGUGCGCCAGCAAUGUGAUCAUCUUUGGCUGGAAUGCCACUGACAACACGCGCUACUACGUGGCCAAAGCACGGGCCAACAACGGGGAGGUAACAGAAUGCCGGACCACUGACACGUCCUGCUUCUUUACCAACACGGGCUGCGGCCGCAGCUACGAGUUCACCGUGUACUCCGUCAAUACCCUGUGCGACAGCGCAGCCAGCCCCCCGACCCACAUCAGCACAGCACCCUGUGACCCCACAAACGUGAAGACCAGGGCGGAUUGCAACUCAGACGUGCUGACUACCACCUGGGACCAAGCGGAUGGUGCCCAAUCCUAUCUGGUAGAUGUUCGUGGCAACCGAGGCGACCGCUACAACUGCAGCACCUCCACCCAAAGCUGUGACAUACGAGGGGUGAGGUGCGGCGAGAGUUUGAGCGUGUGGGUCACAGCUCUUGAUGAAGAAUGCAUCAGUGGCAGAGCCCUGGGACAUCCUGCUGAGACAGUGCCCUGCGCACCUGAGAAUGUGACGGCUAUCAGGGACUGCGGCCCCGACACUGCCUACAUAGACUGGGUGGCCAGUGCAGGCGCGGUGUUCUACAUCGCCACGGCUGCUCACGCCGACGGCACGGUGCGCAGCUGCACGUCCAUGGACACGCAGUGUCAGAUACAGGGCCUGCGAUGCGGCCAGACCUACAACGGCUCGGUCAUCGCCACCAACUUGAGGUGCAACAGCUCCGAGAGUGCCCGCGUCACCUUGGAGACAGCGCCGUGUCCUCCUGACCACGUGGAGGCAAUCCUGAACUGUUCGGGGAACCAGGCCCAGAUUGUGUGGCAGAACCACCUGAACAUAGGCUCCUACACGGCCAUCAUGCAGGACCCCAGCGGCAGCAUGCUCAUCUGCGACACCGCACUCGACAGCUGCGUCGUCACUGAUCUGAAGUGUGGCGUGCUGUACGCCGUCAGCGUGCAGCACCAUGACGGCACAUGUAACAGCCUGAAUUCUGCGCCCAUCUGGAUGGACUCCGUUCCAUGCGGGCCUGAGAACGUUACGACCAAUGUGAACUGUGGAACAGGGGAGCUAACCGUGGACUGGGACGUGUCAGUCCCGGGGCUGAACUACACCACCACAGUGUCCACAAGGGAUGGGGAGACAACUGUGUGCAACUCGACAGAUAUGAGCUGCAGCAUCAGCAGUCUGGACUGCGGCAGGUCCUACACUGUGACGGUCCUGUCUGUCAAUGGGAGCUGUCUGAGCAUGCCCAGUAGAGAUGUGGUCAUCCAGGAAGCGCCGUGUGUGCCCACCAACGUGACCACAGAGCGGAGCUGUGCGGACAGCGCUGUCGCCCGCUGGGAGGCGAGCAGGGGGGCCCAGUAUUACACCGCCAUUGCCGUGAGCGACAGCGGGCACAGGACCGAGUGCUCCACAAACGACACGGCCUGCGACCUCAGCGGUCUGCUCUGUGGGGAGGUGUACACAGUGGGCGUGGUGGCAGUGAACGACAACUGCACCAGCCCUCAGAGCCAGACGGUGCAGCUGCAAAUAGUGUCUUGUGCUCCAUCUGGUUUGAACGGCUGGGUGGACUGCACCAGCAACACAGCCUCCAUUUCCUGGUCUCCCAGCCCCAACGCCCUGAGCUACUCUGUGACAGCGAUGGCGGCGGACAGGCACACGCACACCUGUAACGCCCGCUCCACCUCCUGCCCGGUGACGGGCCUCCACUGCGGCCAGGAGUACGCCUUCACUGUCACAGCCAGUGACGGUGUCUGCGAGAGCCCAGCCAGUGCACCUUUAAUGCUGCAAACAGCACCAUGUGCCCCUAUGAAUGUGUCAAAGCACCUCUACUGUGACAACAACGUCCUUGCGGUCAGCUGGGACUCAGCUGCAGUCCCACUGAACUACACUGCCAUGAUUAGGGCGUCUGGUGGCAGCAUGCAUUCCUGCAGCUCUACAGACACCAGCUGCCGCAUCACUGACCUGCUGUGUGGGCAAUGGUACAAUCUGACCGUCACAGCCUCUAAUCACAACUGCACUGGUCCUGAGAGUGCAGCACAAUCUGUCCAGACAGGGCCGUGUGCUCCGUUGAAUGUUCGUGGGGACCAACAAUGCGGCACAGACACCCUGCUGGCUUCCUGGGAUAGCUCUACUGGGGCCAGCUCCUACAUGGCCACGGUGACCGGCCCAGACGGCUACUCCGAGACUUGCGACACGGCAAAUCUCACUUGCUCCUUCGGAGGCCUGAGAUGCGCUCAGCGCUACAACAUCAGUGUCGUUGCCUGCGACAGCACCUGCAACAGCACAGCUGGCCCCGCUGUCUCUCUGGUGACAGCACCCUGUGAUCCAGAGAACGUGGCAACCCGGCUGCACUGCAGCUCGGAUGAGGUAACAGUAUCCUGGGAUGCCAGUGCGGGUGCAACUGGGUACACUGUGGUGGCGCAGGGGAGGGGCGGGCCCAAAACCUGCCAAACCACAGGAAGCUCCUGCCAGCUCAGCCAGCUGGCAUGCGGUGAUAUGUAUAAUAUUACCGUUCUGGCUGAGGAUGGGACCUGCAACAGCACCUGGAUGACCAGCACAGCCUUACAGACAGCACCAUGCCCACCACAGAUCACCAGGAGCUCGCUAGACUGCCACACCAAUGUGGCCUCACUGGCUUGGACGACGGGAAGCAAUGUGACAGAGGUCGUCGUCAACGCCACAUCCACCCUGGGCCACGAGGCCUGGUGCAGCUCCGCCAAUGCCACCUGCCAGCUCACAGGCCUGCAGUGUGGCCAGACCUACACUGCAGUCGCCACGGCGAGGGGUGACCAGUGUGGCAGCGGACCCAGCUCAGGAGUGGAUAUCAUCACAGUGCCCUGUGCCCCUGCUGUGGUCACCCCUUCGUACGACUGCAGCACCAACAUGGCCACUAUCUCCUGGGACGACAGCCUGGGGCGGGAGACAUUCCAGACCACCAUGGAGGGUGGCGAUCACACCUACUCCUGCAGUACAGCUCAGACCAGCUGCUCCUUCAGCAACCUGCAAUGUGGCCAUGUCUACAACGUAAGCGUCUGUGCCCAGGCCGCCCACUGCAACAGCAGUCUGAGCUUCGCCUACGGGCUCAACACAGCCCCCUGUGCACCCCAGAACGUGAGCGCCUCGUUGGUGUGCGCCAACAGCACGGCCCUGGUGACAUGGGAUGGCAGUGAGGGUGCGGUGGCCUACAACGCCACUGCCAUGGGGAGGAGUGGGGACGUCAGGUCCUGCAGAACCAUCGACACCAGCUGUCACCUGCAAGGGAUGCAGUGCGGGCAGACCUACGACAUCACCGUCACCGCCUACUCUGAGACCUGCGGCGGACUCCAGAGUAGCGCCUUCAUCUUCACCGCAGGCCCUUGUCCACCCAACAUUGUGGGGGUGACUCUAGAGUGUGACGGUAACAUUGCCCAAGUUUCCUGGGAUCCAUUACAACAGGCAGAGAGUUAUUUAGCCACCGCUACAGCUGCGGAUGGACACACCCACACCUGCGAUUCCAAUUUCACAAGCUGCUCCUUCGAUGACCUACACUGCGGGGAGGCCUACUCUGUCACUGUGGCGGCCAUGGAGAGGGGCUGUCUGAGCGAGCCUAGUGCAGACCUAGUCCUGGGAUCAGGCCUGCAGUGUGGAGAGCACUACACCUUCUGGGUGGCUGCCCAAGACGCCACCUGCGAGAGCAGCCUCAGUGAACCAUUGGAGAUGAACACAGCUCCUUGCCCACCGACCAUCCAGGCGGCCCGGGUGGACUGCGGCUCCAACAGAGGCACUAUAUCCUGGCAACCGACCAUGGGUGCCGUUGGAGUGAGCUACAUGGUUGAAGCAGUAGGGCAUCAUGGGCACAGAGGCACCUGUACCUCCAACAGCACCUCCUGCUGGGUGAAGCUGGAUUGCGGGCACCGAUACUCAGCUACUCUCACCUCCUUCACUAACGACUGCAACAGCACCCAGAACUCCACCAUUGAGUUUGACUCAGCCCCCUGUCUCCCUGAGGAUGUAAUGGCAAAUUUGGACUGCAAUACCAACGAGCUGGCUGUGCAGUGGCGGGAGAGCCCAGGUUCGGAUUCGUACACAGCACUGGCCAUAGGAAGUGACGGUUACCGUGCCUCCUGCAACUCCUCCAGCACGUCCUGCUCCAUCAUAGACCUGCGGUGCGGCGAGACCUACAACAUCACUGUCACCACCUCUUCUGUCAACUGCAGCGUUAUACAGGGGUCCGACUACCAGGUCCAGUCAGCACCCUGCCCGCCCCAGACCCCGGUGGUGACCCUGAACUGCAGCAGUAACAAGGCAGAGGUGUCGUGGGCCGGAAAUGGCAUGGGGCAGAUGUACAGUGUCUCAGCGGUAGACCGGCGCGGUGUCACCCAUACCUACAACUCCAGCGAUGACAGCUGCACUUUCUCAAACCUGAGCUGUGGGCAGACAUACACCUUCAGCGUCAUGGGUUUGACCAACCAAUGCAGGAGUGAUGUCAGUCCCCCCCAGGAUGUGCUCACAGCUCCCUGUGCCCCAACGCAUGUGACGACCACUUACUACUGUGACACAAACAUUGCGCUGGUCUCAUGGGACUCAGCACAGGGUGCCACCAUGUAUACAGUGAGGGCAGAGGGCAACCGUGGACACAGCACUUCCUGCAACAACACAGACACCCUGUGUACCCUGAACGACUUGCGGUGUGGGCAGGACUACUCAAUCAUCAUCGUGGCAAUGCAUGACAGUUGUGCUACUUUUGCGAGCGAGCCUGUCAACAUUUCCACAGGACCCUGCCCACACUCGCAGAUGCAGUCAUCUCUGGACUGCAGCUCCAACUCGGCGCUGAUCUCCUGGACACCAGGGAAUGGCACGCUCUUGUACAAUGUCUCAGCUGAAGCCCUCAACACCGGGGACUAUGUGUCCUGCACCAGCAGCGGCUCAUCCUGUAACGUCUCUGCCCUGAACUGCGGCCAGAGGUACAGGGUCAGCAUUGUGGGGACAGGCGUCAACUGCUCCAGCAAUCCUGGAACCUGGAUAGCAGUGAAUACAGCUCCCUGCGUGCCCACCAGGCUGGAUGUGCGUUCCUCGUGUGACUCCGACACGGCGACUGUAUCCUGGGCCGCCGCCGCGGGCGCGGUGAAGUAUGUGGUGACGGCCGAGGCCAGCGAUGGGCACCGGAGGACGUGCAACAGCAGCGGCCUGUCCUGUGACAUCGCAGGCCUGGAGUGUGGCUGGGAGUAUGCAGUGUGGGUCACAGGCAUGGAUGACGACUGCAACGGGGCCGACAGCGAGAUCUACACCCUGAGAACUGCACCCUGCAUUCCCCAAGCUCUUGACACCAACCUGGAAUGUGAGGCCGGCAAUUUGAGUGUUGCCUGGCAAACGAGCAGAGGAGCGUUACACUACCGUGUGGUGGCAGAAGGCAGUGCUGGGGAUGUCGUGACAUGUAACACGGCCAACGCAACCUGCAACUUCCCUGGCCUGCCAUGCGGCCAGAAGUACAAUGUCACAGUGACAGCCUGCGAUGACAAAUGCAACAGCUCCGGCAGCCUGGCUGGUGUUGUCUCCACAGCGCCCUGCCCACCCACCGCUAUCGCUGCGACUGCAGACUGCUCCAACCAAGGGAAUUUGACCAUAAAGAUCACCUUUAAGAUAAUCAUUGUGAUCUCCAUUGAGAUGACAUUCAAUGCCACAGCUGUGGACCAUCUUGGUCGUUCCCAUAAAUGCAGCACCACAAACUCCAGCUGCGAUAUCCACAGCCUCCAGUGUGGUACGGAAUACAAUGUGACUGUCACUAGCUGUGCGGACGGCUGUUCUGGACCCCCGAGUGAGGUGUACACCAUCAGGACAGCCCCCUGCGUUCCACACCUUGCCGAGGUGGAGAUGGACUGCCUCUCAGAAUCAGCCUCGGUGAUGUGGGCGGAGGCGGCCGGGGCAAGCCACUACAGCGUGAUGGCAGCGGACGGUGCGGGCGGGGUCCAGCACUGCGGCUCCAGUGGGACAAGCUGCAGGGUGACGGGACUGAACUGUGGCCAGCUGUACACCUUCAGCCUGACCGCAUGCGACGGGCACUGCAACAUCUCCCAGAGUAACACCCUCCCCUCCGAGACAGCCCCCUGCCCGCCACAGAAUAUUCAGGCCAACGUGAGCUGCAGCAACAACACUGCCAGCAUUUCCUGGGCCCCCAGUGAGGGGGCGGUGCGCUACAGUGCUGAGCUGCAUGGGAUGGAUGGGCAUACCUACUCCUGCACCUCAGAGGACAGUGCCUGUGAGGUCACUGACCUGCCAUGUGCAGGGACCUACACAGUGACAGUGGUGGCCAUGGGACGCACCUGCAACAGCUCUGCCAGCAUGAGUUCCUCUAUCAAAACAGCGCCUUGCAUGCCACAAAAUCUGAUGAGCAGCACCAGCUGUGCGGACAGCGUGGUGACGAUGACAUGGAACACCAGUGAGGGAGGAGCGCUGUACUCCGUGGAGGCCACAGGCAGCGACGGCCAUGCAGCCACCUGUACGUCUGCUGGGGGCAGCUGUGACCUCACCGGCCUGCACUGUGGGCAGAGCUACACUGUUAACAUGACGGCCGAGGAUAGCACUUGCUCCAGCGCCCCCACCCAGCCUGUCACCUUCUCCACGGUGCCGUGCACGCCGGGGAACGUUUUGACCGAGGUGGACUGUGGGUCAAACACCAUGACAGUGUCCUGGUUGGAAAGUGAUGGGGCUGAGCACUACACUGUGACACUGGAGGACAGUAACGGGCUCAGCACCAACUGCCAGAGCGUGGGCAGCAGGUGCAAUGUAACGGCUCUUCGGUGCGGUGAGACGUUCCGUGUGACUGUGGAGGCUUCCGACUCCCUGUGUACCAGCCCCGCGAGCCCUGUCUCCAGGACCUCCACAGCGCCGUGCUUGCCCAGCAACAUCGAGGCCGACAUGGACUGCUUGGACCAGAGCGCCAUACUGUCCUGGCAUAACAGCGCCGGUGCCCUGUCUUACACUGCUGUGGCACAGACCCGGUCCGGAGAAGCCGUCACCUGUGAUACCAACAACACCAACUGCGUGAUGAGAGGCCUGGCUUGCGGGGAGCAGUACUCAGUGGCUGUACGGGCGGAGGGAGAGACCUGCAACAGCACUGCGGAAAUGGCAAGCCAGCUGAUUACUGAACCCUGCGUGCCCCAGAACUUAUAUAUCCACUACACCCUGUCCAUCGGCCAACUGUCCUGGGAUGACACCAAGGGCGCCACGUCCUACACUGCAGACGCUAUCACCAACCAGGGUCUUACCAUUACCUGCAACACCACCGACACCAACUGCGUCAUGCGUGGUAUGGUGUGUGGGCAAGUCUACAACAUCACCGUCACUGCACACAAUGAGGCCUGCAAUGACACCGUCACUUCUGACACAUUUCACUUCAGUACAGAACCCUGUCCUCCUGAGAAUGUGCAAGCCAGAAUUCAGUGCGAGAGCGGGGAUGGACUGGUGUCUUGGGAGCAGAGUGAGGUGGCUGUUGGAUACAUGGCCAUAUUGGAAGGGCGAAAUGGAGGUUGGACCUCCUGCAGCACAGCAACGACAUCGUGCAGCGCGACUGGCCUGGACUGCGGCACUGUCUACCAAGUCUAUGUCCGAGCCAUCGGACAGGUCUACAACAGCUCUGACAGCGACAGCAUCAUCUUGACCUCAACCCCCUGUGUGUCAGACAAUGUGGAUGCCAAGGUGGACUGUGAGGCUGAGAUGGCAAUGCUCUCCUGGGACUUCAGUGAGGGGGCCGAAUCCUACACAGCGACAGUGGUGGGCAUUGGCGGUCACCAGGCCUCCUGCACCACCCCGGAUAACCACUGCAACGUCACCGUGCUCAGCUGCGGAGAGACCUACAACCUUACUCUAACCUCCACCAAUCAGGAAUGCCAGAUCACCACCCCCACUGGGGUCACCUUCCAGACCAGGCCAUGCACUCCUCUGAAUGUGGCGGUGGAUCUUCAGUGCGGCAGUCGUACCGCCGUCCUCACCUGGACGCAGCAGGAGGGGGUAGAGCUCUACACAGCUUGUGCCGUGACGAGCGCCGGUGUGCACGCAGAGGACUGCAAUUCCACCGGCGACACCUGCCUCUUCUCAAACCUCACCUGCGGGGAGACCUACACCUUCACCGUCACUGCGCAAACCGGCAUGUGUCACAGUGAAGUCAGCGACUCUGUGAGCGCCGUCACAGAACCAUGUAGGCCCGAGCAUGUGAUUGCUCAAGGAAUCUGCAGCCCAGGGGAGCUGGAACUUGAUUGGGACGAGGCAGAGGGGGCAUUGGCCUAUACCGUGUCUGCUGUGGGAGACCUCGGCUACAUCAAGGCUUUCAACACCACUGAGAACACCUUGGAAGAGGAGCUACUCUGCGGUCAGACCUACACCAUCAGUGUGGUCUCCCAGGAUGACCACUGCGAAAGUCCCCAGAGCAACCCAAUCGAGUUCAGAACAGCUCCAUGCAAGCCCCAGUACCUGCAGACCUACAUUGAUUGUUUGGCCACCCAGGGUUCAGUGAACUGGGCAGCAAGCGAUGGGGCAGAGUCCUACAUGGCAGUAGCAGUCGGCCAGGACAGGCAUACCCACAUGUGCACCACCAAUGGCACGGAAUGCAGCUGGCACGACUUGCACUGUGGCGACGUCUACACCGUCCACGUGCUCGCCCAGAGAAGCAUAUGCAGCAGCCCCAUAAGCAAUGUCACCACCAUUCACACAGCGCCCUGCGUACCUCAGAACCUGGUGCCCACAUUUGACUGCGACCUGAAAGUGGUAUCGCUCACAUGGAAUGCCAGUGCCGGGGCGGACCUCUACAUCGUUGUAGCAGAGAGCGCCGACGGGUCCAGGAUGGAGCUGAGCACAAACACCACCGAGGCUCACUUCUCCGAGGUGACCUGCGGCCAGACGUACAGCCUCACCGUUGCUGCUAAAGGCCAGGGGUGCAGGAGCGAGCCAAGUGCGCCAGUCCUCAUAGAAACAGACCCCUGUGCACCAACUGCUGUAAGCAGUGAAGUUGACUGCAUCUCCAAUAUCAACGUGGUGAGGUGGGCUGUGAGCAACGGAUCCAGUUUCUAUACCGCCACCGUUCGUGCGGCAGAUGGGGAGACGCAGACCUGCAUGUCGUUGGACAGCCAGUGCAGUAUCGCCAGCCUCACCUGUGGUCAGACGUACACGGUGUCGGUCACUGCCUCCAACCAGAACUGCAGCUCCACUCCCAGCUUCGCCUCUGCCAGUCUGAUCACAGUGCCGUGUGCCCCGUCCGAUCUGGCGGUGGACCUAGACUGUGCUGACAACACCGCUGCAGUGUCCUGGAACGGCAGCCAGGGGGCACUGUCAUACAGAGUCACAGCUCAUAGCAGCAGUGGGGUAAACUCCAGCUGUGAGAGCGCUGAGCCCCCCUGCACCCUUGCCAAUCUCACCUGUGGCGCGGCCUACACAGUCCACGUGGUGGCCAUGGGAGCGACCUGCGCCAGCCUCCCAGGAGUCUUUGUGGAGUUUCAGACAGUCCCUUGCACUCCUGAGAUUUGCAUGGCCCGCCUGGACUGCUCCAACAACUCGGCGCUGUUGGAGUGGUACAGUGCCGAUGGGGCCACCUCCUACACUGCAGUGGCUGAGUCCAACAGUAGUCAUGUUGUAGGCUGCUCCUCCGACCAUAACAACUGUGAGAUAGCGGACAUGGAGUGCGGCGAGGUGUACACGGUGACGAUGGUGGCUUCAGACAGCCAGUGCAAUAGCUCACAGAGCUCCAGCUGGGAGAUUGUGUCAGUGCCCUGUGCUCCUCGGAAUGCUGUAUCCCAGCUGGACUGCAGCAUGAACUCCGCCCGGGUGGAAUGGGAAGGCAGUGUCGGGGCAGAGUCCUACAUGGUGCGCGCCGUUGGAAUGGAAGGCCACGUUGCCCAGUGCAACACCACAGGGUUGGCUUGUGAGCUGGUUGACCUCAUGUGUGGCUGCACCUACGACAUCAGCGUGGUCGGCCGCAAUGAGCACUGCAACAUCUCCGAAAGUGCCACCACACAACUACAGACCGUACCCUGCUCUCCCCAGGAGGUGGAAACCAGGGUUGACUGCGACACAGGAGCAACAAUGGUGUCCUGGGAGAGCUGCUACGGCGCCACCUCAUACACUGCUGUAGCCCAGGGAAACGGUGGCUAUGCGUCCUACUGCAAUACCAGUGACACUUUCUGUCAGUUCACUGACCUGCUGUGUGGCAUGACCUACAGCUUCACUGUCAUUGCCUCCAAUGAUGACUGCUCAAGCACAGACAGCAGCCCUGUGCGUCAGGACACCAAAUUGUGCGAGCCCCAGAAUGUCAGUGCAGAGAUGGAUUGCAGUAGCAACACAGGGCUGGUGAUGUGGGAGCAGGGAGAAGGUGUGGCCUCCUACUGCGUGCAGGCCAUGGGCCCUGAUAACCACCAAGCUCAGUGCAACACCACCUCCACCAGCUGUCAGCUGCCGGACCUGCACUGUGGCCAGCGAUACAACCUAACUGUCACAGCCCUGAAUGAGCUGUGUGACAACAGCAACUCCUUCCUGACCCUGCAGUCUGGACCCUGCCAGCCCCGAAAUGUACAGACCAGCCUCCAGUGCAACUCCAGCACUGCCUCCGUGACCUGGGUCAGGGGCAGCGGUGCCACCUCUUACACAGUCGAAGGAAAGGCCACUGACGGCCACCGGGCCUCCUGCAACACCAGCGCCACCCGCUGUAACCUAGAGAGACUGCGCUGUGGUCAGACCUACAAUGUGUCCGUUACAUCCCAGGACGAUUCCUGCGACAGUGCAGAAAGUGCAAUGUCCAGCGUACGGACAGCUCCAUGCCCCCCUGAGAAUGUGGAGGCUCGGUUGUCUUGUGACUCUGGGACCCUCGUGGUUACGUGGGAGUCCAGCGCAGAUGCCGAUUCGUUCCAUGUGGUGGCUGAGAGGGAGGAUGGGGCUGACCUUUCCUUUGAUACCAGCAGCCCCCAGUGCAUCAUGUCAAACCUGCCUUGUGGCCACAACUACUCUGUUACAGUCACAGCUGUCCGAGGAGGCUGCUAUGGUGAUCCGAGCCAGGCUGUCCAUGUGUCUUCAGUCCCGUGUGUGCCGCAGGAGGUCACGGGUAACCUGGACUGUGUCACAAACACAGUUUGGCUUAUGUGGCUCCCUAGCCCGGGAGCACAGAGCUACUCAGUGCUGGCACAUGGGACGGGUGGCUACAACUCCUCCUGCUUCUCCACCGAGCCCACCUGCAAUGUGCCUGACCUGCGCUGUGGGGUCCUCUAUAUCUUCAAUGUCACCGCCUCUAAUGGCCACUGCCAGAGCCAGGCCAACACUACUUUUGAGAUCAAAACAGCUCCGUGUGUCCUGAGCACCAUCGACGCCGUAAUCGACUGCCAAAGCAACACCAUCCAGGUGUCAUGGGAGAUGAUGGAGGGCUCGCCACAAUACGUUGCCACAGCUGAGGGCGAUGACCGCAGCAUCCUUUCCUGUAACAGCACCAUGUCCUCCUGUGACCUGCUGGGUGCGCAGUGCGGGACCCACUACACCAUCAUUGUGGCUACGUCCUCUGACAAGUGCAGCAGCCUGAGGAGUCCCCCUCUCAAGAUCAGCACAGCGCCCUGCACCGUUGAAGACGUGGUCCCCCUCGCAGAUUGUGAGUGUCAGGGAGUGGUCGUCUCCUGGGCCCCAUCCAUGGUCGCUAAAUCCUACCAGCUUACAGCCAUGGGGAGAGAUGGGGACCUGCGGGAGUGCAACACCACAGACACCAACUGCACCCUUGAGGAGUUGCAGUGUGGGAUGCCCUACGGCCUCACUGUGACCGCCAGUACUGAAAACUGCACCGGUCCAGUCAGCAUGGAGGUCACGUUUAACUCAGUGCCCUGCAUGCCGGACAGCUUGUCUGUGGAAGCUGAGUGUGGGAACGGAUCAGCCGUGCUCAGCUGGGCUGAGAGCGAAGGAGCCGUGGAGUACUUCGCCUGUGCGCAGGGUGAAAAUGGAGACAUGCUCUACUGUGACAGCACGGACACGUCCUGUACCAUCGAGGGACUGGAGUGCGGGGCCAUGUACAACUUUUCUGUGCAGGCUUCGGAUGGCGUCUGUAAUGGCUCAUUCAGCCAGCCACAGCUGGAGGGAGCAGUUCCUUGCCCACCUGACUUGGUGCAGGUACAGUUCUUGCCCAUGCGGGAGGAUUCGCAGGUGAUGAGGGUAUCCUGGAGCCAGGUGGACUGUGAGAAUGUGACGUAUCAGGUCGAGGCCACGGGGAACCUCGAAGGCGAUGCCCAGGAGGGUUUUGAGGUGUCCUCCUAUUGGACGGGUCGCACCUCCUUUGAGUUCCUCCUGCCCUGCAGCUCCUCCUACAGCGUGACUGUGAGGUCCAGAAACCCUGCGGGCAACAGCGAGCCGUCUGAGGCCAGCACAGGAACCACAGCUCCCUGCCCUCCACUGGAUGUCACAUUCAGCGAAGUCAACGCCUCUACUGUCCUCUCUUGGAAUGCCUCUGUCUUUGCAACACAAUAUACCGUCUAUGAGCGGUCCAGCGCUGCCAGGUCAGAAAUCUGCAAAACUGAACAGCUCUAUUGCACACUGGGCAGUGUCAACAGGAGUGCUAUCGAGAUCACUGCCAGCAACUCUGCAGGAGAAAGCAACCCAACAACAGACAUCCAAGAUCCAGCGCUGAACCGUAAACGAAGAGAUCUGUCCGAUAUUGAGGAUACCGAAGGGCCAACCACUCCACCGGUAUUGGCAACGGCCUUGAGUGAGUCCUCACUGAGAGUGAACUGGACGAGUGUACCUGGAGCCACAUUCUACAUUUUGAUGAUUAAAGAGCAACACAAAUCAGGGCCUCUCAGCCCCAUGGUACGGACUGUGACUGGUGAGGAAUUCACAGUGACUGACCUCAAGACCAACACGGAGUACUGCGUUGUUGUCACCGCCAAGACCUCCCUCAACCACAUCAUCAGUUCUUCUGAGCCAAUCUGCACGUUCACCCUAGGGCAAAUAAAUGGUUAAUUCCACGGACUCCUUCAGGCUUCUGACCAGAGCAAUUGUGUAUGAUGCAGCAAAAGAGGACAGGCUCCAGUCGAAGAGAUCCAGCCUCAUAUCGAAGUGUCAGGAUCCUUUCUUUUGGGAAGGGGGAAGAUGGGAGGGACAAGGGAAAUUUUUUAUAAAUAUUG